AUGUCCUCAGAGGUUUCUUUGGACGGACACGAAAGACCGGGUAUAGCCCGCCGCAUCAUAUCCGGCUGCUCAAGAGCGGCGUGUUCCCAGUUAGGUCUAGUUAUACUGGUGGUGAUUUACGUGGUGUUCGGUGCCGUACUCUUCGAGUACUUGGAGUCCGGGCCGGAUGUGCAGAAGCGGUCAUCCAUACAGCGGUCAAGGGAGGAGUGCUUAAAAGAACUGUGGGCUAUCACGGACCAGAGAUACAUCAGGGAACUCCUCAAAGUCAAA